GGAACCAAGACUGUGUCGAAUGGCCGCCGCGCAGGAGAAACGCUUGGCGAUCAUCGGAGCCGGAUCGAGCGGGCUUACGGCGUGCAAGCACGCGCUGGCCAAGGGCUUCCGCCCAGUGGUCUUCGAAGCCGCUGAUGCCGUCGGCGGCGUGUGGGCGCGUACGCUGGCCUGCACGAGGCUCCAGAGUCCAGCAGAAGCGUACCGGUUCUCCGACUUCCCGUGGCCGCCGGAAGUAAGGCCCGAGGAGUUCCCGCGCAGCGACCAGGUGGCGGCGUACAUGGCCGCGUACGCCCGGCAGUUCGGCGUCGUCGACUGCGUCAGGUUCGGCAGCAAGGUGCUCGGCGCCGAGUACGUCGGAGCGUCGGAGGCAGAGGUGGCGGCGUGGGAGCAGUGGUCAGGGAACGGCGAGGCGUUUGGCGACGGCACCGGUGUGUGGCACCUCACCGUCCAGCACGGCGAAACGGAGGAGACUCAGAAAUACGAGUUCGAUUUCUUGAUCAUCUGCCUGGGGAGGUACGGCAUUGCAAAGGUUCCUACAUUCCCACAAGGCAGAGGCCCAGAAGUGUUCCAGGGGCAAGUGCUCCAUUCCAUGGACUACUCGCGCAUGCCACACGCGGAUGCCCAUGAGCUGAUCAGAGGCAAGCGCGUCGUCGUGGUCGGCUCCGGCAAGUCCGGCAUGGAUACAGUCGCGCAGUGUGCCAGAGCCAACGGUAGCAAGUACCCAUGCACCAUGGUGUACAGAAGCGCCAACUGGAUGGUGGAUCCCAACCUUGCCUGGGGCGCUUUCUUCAAGAAGAUGAUAGGCAGUAGACUGGCAGAGCUGAUGGUGCACAAGCCCGGAGAAGGGUUCGCGCUGAGCCUCCUCGCCACGGUGCUGACGCCGAUGAGAUGGCUGAUGGCCAAGCUGGCCGAGACGUACUACAGGGAGCUGAUGCCGAUGCGCAAGCACGGGAUGGCGCCGGGCUACAACCUCUCGGAGUCGAUGCUGCUGGGCUGGCGAAUUGGCCUGCUCCCGGACAGGUUCUACGACAUGGUGGAGCAAGGCGGCAUCGUGCUCCGGAGGUGCGACUCCUUCGGCUUCUGCGCCGACGGCCUGGAGCUGGACGACGGCACAGGGGAGCGCGUCGGCGCCGACGUCGUUAUCCUCGCCACCGGCUUCGACGACGAACGGCUCCUCACCAGCGUGUUCGUGUCGCCGUGGUUCCGCGAGAUCAUCGUGCCAAAGCCCUCCCACACCAUGCUUCCUCUCUACAGGCACUGCGUGCACCCUAGGAUACCGCAGAUGGCGGUGGUCUGCUACGUGGAGAGCGCGGCGAGCAUCUACCCCUACGAGAUGAUGGCCAAGUGGGUGGCGCACCUGCUCGACGGUGUGGUGCGCCUGCCCAGCGUCGCGGCCAUGGAAGAGAACGUGGCGGAGUGGGAGCGCUGGGGGCGGUGGGCCAAGCGCCGCAGCGGCGCUUUCUUCGUCAAGUCAUGCAUCGCCGCCGUCACGACGUGGUACAGCGACCAGCUGUGCCGGGACAUGGGACGCAAUCCCAGGAGGAAGCGGAGAGGGCUCCUCGCCGACUGGCUGCAGCCGUACGGGCCCUCGGACUAUGCCGGCAUCCAGUGAACUGAUGAGGCGAGCCACAAGUGAUCAUCAGCGUCCAGCGCGCGCAUGCAUGUACUAUUUUAUUUAUUUAAGAGAAAUGGAAUUUGGCAAUUUCAGCGCCGUUUAGUAUGGAUCGGUGUAACAAUUGUCUUUUGGUUUCCAUCUUUGGCAGACAUUUCGAACAUGAUAACGAAGUUGCCAUCCAGACUUAUAAUUCAAAAAUUGCUAUUUAUGUUUUGUAUCGGGACAAU